CGUGGCAUUGCGUGCGGAGAGACGACGUCGUACGACGCCGAGAUGAUGGCGCAGGAAAUGGGACUGGGCUUCGCGACAAAGCAGCUCUGUGAAGCCAUUCACGUGGUCGCAGAUAAUGAGUCAAUGCUACGAACCAUCUUGGACACCGGCAUGCACACCCAACGGCCCGUGUCCGUGAUUGCGUGCCGGAAGGUCCGAGAAUGUAUGGAGAAGGAAGAACGAAGACGCAUUGUCUCCCAUUGGUGCCCGUCGCAUGUGGGCAUCGAGUGGAACGAACGGGUGGUCGAAGACGCGAAGGCGGCGGCGGACCUACCUACGGUAGUGAACGAACGCCCGCUCGCGAAGUGCCUCCUCGUGGAAGUCCGAUUGGAAAGGAAGAAACAGUGCCGCGAGAACAGGGCAUACGCGGGGAAACACUUCCUUGGAUUGCGGGUGUUCGACUCACCUAAAUACACCACGAGCGCGGCGCUCGAGGCACACGGACACUCGACAACCAGAAUGGCGCGGUUCUGUCGUGCCGUACUCAACCACGCGCCCAUAGUAGGGUCACUCGGGAAGCGAUUCCUCCCGAACGAGCCUACGGAGUGCCCGACUUGCCACGUCUUGCAAAGUCGGGCGCACAUCCUC